GCUGAGGGCAAAACACAUGUUGCAGCCUACGCCCACCCUCCUCAGUUCUACUGGAGUCUAGUGAUUCGCAGGAACAAAAAUGUCGUUGUUUAUGACUAUCUGUACAUUGCCGUUUAAAAUAUUAGCUUUUCCCCUCAAUCUAAUGGAAUUUAUGGGGAUAUACAGUUUAUAUAAACGUGUAUUCCCCGUCAUGAUGUACAGAGUAGCCAAGAACUAUAACCAAAAAAUGUACGAAAGAAAGAAGGAGCUUUUUAGCAAUCUAUCGGAGUUCGCAGGUCCAGACGGCACUCUGAGGAUCCUGGAAAUUGGUUGCGGGACUGGGGCAAACUUUCAAUUCUACCCCUCUGGCAGCAAAGUCAUAUGCACGGACCCUAACCCACACUUCCAGAGCUACUUGCAGGAAGCCAUCGACGCAAAUGAUCAGCUUGAAUUUGAGAAGUUCGUGGUUUCCUCGGCCGAGAAUCUCAGUGCAGUCAGCGACAACGCGGUGGACGUGGUGGUGUCUACGCUGGUACUGUGUUCUGUAGACGACGUUAAACGAGUCCUGGAAGAGGCCCACCGCAUUCUUAGACCCGGUGGUGCUUUGUACUUCAUGGAACACGUGGCGUCUGAUCCUGCCAGCUGGACACACUUCUUCCAGCAUGUUCUACAGCCCCUGUGGUACUACUUUGGAGAUGGCUGCGAGGUGACGAGAGUGACCUGGAAAGAGCUGGAAGCUUCCAAGUUUUCGGACCUGAAACUGAGACACAUCGAAGCGCCGCUCAUGUUCAUGAUCAGGCCGCACAUAGUGGGUUACGCUGUCAAGUAAAAGUAGAAAUUAAAACUGUGUUUUAACCUUACCUACCUGAAAACUAGACAAAUCCUCUCUUGAUUCCUAACUAAGUAUAAUGGUUUAUCAGAAUCAGAAACAGGUUUAUUGCCAAGUAGGUUUUCACAUACAAGGAAUUUGCUUUGGCCUGAUGAUGCAUAACAAUAAACAUGGCGUAGUGCAAAGUAUCACUCAUUAACAUUGAAAAUGUAAUGCAAAUAACUAAAAACAAUUGUUAAAUGUUAAAUGUACUCAUUAAAUUCAAACUGAAGAGCCUUUUUAUUUUUAUCUUUUAACCAGUGUCAAAUGCCAAUUUUUUACAUUUGAAAUUCCCCCCAAGAACCAAACAAAAAAACAAAAAACCAGUUGGUUCUCAUAAAUUGCAACUUCCUUCGGCACCCAGCCAUUUUAAAAUUUCUGACCAGCCAGAGCCAAUCAGAUGCACAAGCUACGAAACGAAACCAGCCCUUUAUUUGCUGACCUCUCACAUACUUUCUGUUGGCAGUAUGCCAUGGAGCUGCAGCAAGGGCAAGGACUAACUACUGAAUGAGAGAUCAGAAGCCCUUUCUGCACAGUUAAAAAAAAAAAAAAAAGCUCUGCUCAGAGAUUGGUCUAGAACAGGGGUGUCAGGCUUGUUCUGGAGGGCCACGUGUCUUGUGGUUUUUUUUCAGUUGUCAGCCAGUGUAGGCCAAAGGGGGGGGGGGGGGGCGUGAAAGCACACAAAUGUCUUAAUCAUUUACUUGCUGAAAUGCAUAAAAAAAUAAGCAGACAGGACAGGCUUUUAGGAAUUCAGUCUAACAGCCCUGGGUCAUAUCCAAAGCAGCAUAAAACUUGUAUACUCGAUAGUAGGCAAGUGUGCUGAUUGUGUGGCCCCAGUCCAUAAUACCAGUAUGGUACGCCCUCUUAAAGGGAUAGUGCAGCCAAUUGCAAAACAAAUCAAGGGUCCAUACCUUAAAGUAAGUGUUCAUCAAGUCAUAAUAAAAUGUGUACUAAUGUGUACUAAAAGUCCUUUUGAUGUAAAGUGAAAUAAUUCUGAACAGCAGGGUUGAAGAACUGGAAGCAUGUUCAUUCUGUUGUUAAUAUUCGCAAGUUCACUUUCAAUAGACGACCCAUAAAACAGAAUGGCACUUGCGCUAAGCUAGUUUAUAUGGAAAACAAUAUGGACUCUGACACUGAAAUCAGUCAAAUUGGCUAUACAGUAGUAUGCAGUUCCCAACAGAAUUACUGGCAACCCUGGAAAAUAUGUAUAAAAAUUCAAUAAAAAGUAUGUUGCAUGACCUUGCAUAAAUGUUUUCUGAAAGAAACGUCACAAUUAUUGCCAAUGCAAUUACAAAAAAACCUCUAAAUUAUAUUUCCGUUCAUAUUUGACCAGAGCUGACGGCAUCGGGCAUUUUGACUUUAACAUUACAAUUAUUCCAACACCGCAAAUGCAAUAUCCUCCUCCUUUGAUGACUGUUCCUAAAUAUUUGGGCUUACAAUAACAUUUUUAAAUGCAUUUUUAUUCUAAAAGAAUCGAUUCAAAGAAAUACAGGCAGUUUAUGCCAUUUUCUUCACAAAACGCCCCGCAAGACAACAAGGAGCAUGUGCUGAUACCCAGGUACGAAUGGGUCGCUCUCUCCUCCAUCACGCUAUCCAGCAACUGAAUGACCGAGGCUUUGAUGCGAAUUACUGAAUCGCUAUCGAAACUAAUUUUGCAUAUCAAAAUCACACAAAAUUAAUUCAUUGCAAUCGUUUGAAGAUUAUUUACGUUGAUUACAUUACUGGCAUUUAGCAGACGCUCUUAUCCAGAGUAACUUACACAACUUUUUUUACAUUGCAUUUACAUUGCAUCCAUUUAUACAGCUGGAUAGACACUGAAGCAUUGCUGGUUAAGUACCUUGCUAAGGGCUGCAGUAGCAGUGUCCUACCUGGGAAUCGAACCUAUGACCUUCAGGUUACAAGACCUGAAGACUCAAAAUUGUGGGUAUUGAGAACACCUCUCUAAGUUUUUCACUGAAACUGUGACUUGGGGCUAAAGACAACUUUGUGAAGUGAAUUCAUGAUGAUGAAAAAAAUAUUGUACUUUGUAUUUCUUUAACUUCUUUUUCCAUUUUGUGUUUUUGCCUUUUGCACAUUUUACUGCUUUGCCUAAUAUAUCGUGUGUAAUUCCCUUGGUCUGUAUAACUAAACCACUAUAAUUUAGAAAUAAAAGUGUUGAAAUUGA